CUGUUUUCGCACCUUCCCUGACGUCAAAGCUCAGUCAGGACUGCAGCGCUACGUUCCCAGUGGAUGUCUACGUGGGCUGAGUCGUGACUCGGGGCCCGGGUCUUGCGAGUGACGCUCGCACUUCGCUCCUCGUCUCACACCGGCGGGAGAGGCCGGGGGGCUCCUCUGUCUGGCUCCGCGGGCUGCGGGCGGCAGGCAGCGGGCGGCCGCGGCGCCCUGGACGGCCCGGGGGGUCCGGGCACCGCCAUGGAACCAGAAUAGGAAGGGAGCGCGCCCACCGGUCCUCGGCCUGCGCCCAAGCCCGGGAGGAAUCCGGGAGGCCUCCGCGGAGAUGUUUUCCAGGACUAAUGCAACUGAUGAAAUACCUGCCCUUUUCUGCUCAAGAGGCUGGUUUAAUUGAUUUAUUUUCCCUGUAAGUGUGGAAGCCAGAAAGUCAAAGUUUGUCGUAAUAAAAAGUAACAGUUGGAGUAUUCCCGGACAGUAGCCACUUGACUUUGGUUAUUCAGCAUGCAGAACAGACAGGGGUACUGCAGCUAUUGCUGUGUGCGCUAUAAUAACCUGGAACAGCAUAUGUCCAGUGCUCAGCACAGAUACUUGACUACACAGAAUCGACAGCGGAUGGGUACCACUAGUUUGAUGGAACGUUUCUUGCAGGAUGUACUCCGGCACCACCCAUAUCAUUCUCAAGAAAGCAGAUCAAUGCAAAAUGAGAGACUUCUUACGAAUACUGCGUCACCUACCGUGUCACCUACUGCGUCACCCUCUGAAGUGGUUCCUGUUGAUGAUUGUAUUUCUGAAGAAAUGACUGAUGAUGCUGCUGGUGUCAAAGGAGAGAGCUCCCCCAGGGGUUUUGAACCUAGUAAAGAGUUACAUUCUAGACCUAGUAAAUCUCAGGAAUAUGUACAGGGGGUUUCAGUUAGACCAUCAGUUAUCCAAAAACUGGAGAAGGGACAGCAGCAGCCCUUGGAGUUUGUUCAUAAAAUUGGGAGUGGUGUGAAAGAAUUUAAUCCAGUUGGUAUUGGUCAAGCUACAAAUAAUAGACAGAGCUUAAUAUGUCCCUCGGUGAUUUCUAGUGCUCCUGCUAGUUGUUUACCUGGAAGUUCCUAUGACAGACUGGUUACAACUAAAACGACUAGGUCACCAGCAGCAGCCAGUUUGGGUCCAGUCAGAAAAUGUGACCCAAACAAAGUUGACAGAUACCUUGAACAGCCAGACAGGGGCUCUAGAAAUUCUGUGCUAUCGUCCAAUCUAGAAACUUCUUCAGUUUCAUAUCAGAAACCUAAAGAAUCAGACAGAAAAUCUUUAUGUACAAAUUCAGAUAAAUUGAUUAUACGGGAAGAUGUAAAGUCUCAGUGUAAAACUUUGUCAACUGGCGCUAAAGUCCGUGAAUUUAUGGGUACUGAAGGCUCUUUAAAAUCUGAAUCUCUUUCCAAAUUGGCUGUAAACCAAGCAAUCAAUGUGAAUAAAACUGGUAUGCCUUCUAAUAAAGGACUCUUUGAAGAUGCUGCUGCAAAGCACCGUGAGAAAUUCUUUUCGGGUAUGGAUCAGACCCAAGAGGAAAAGCAUUUGGUUUUUAAUAAGUCAGCCUUUUUGGAACAGAAGAGCUCAGUGAUUUCUGAAACAAAGUUUGCUCGUGGCUGUCUUCAGUCAGCGUGUAAUCAACCCGAAGAGGCUGCACAAGACCUUUGGAAGGAAGAGCAAGUUGACCAAGAAGAUAAAAACUAUGAAUCGAGAGCUUCUGAAAUGAGUUUUGACUGCAGUUCUUUUCAUUCACUGACUGACCAGUCUAAAGUGACGGCCACAGAACUAAAUGUUUCAGAGGAAGUAUAUGCUGAUCUGCAGUGUAAGAACGAUAAAUCUUAUGUUUCUGAAGUAAGUUCUGAUGGUGCUGGCUCUCUUCAGUUGGCUACCAACCGGACUCAAGUAAUUGUUAAAGGCGUAAGUGCUCAGAAGGCAAAGCCUAUUAGCCUGGUUGAUGAAAGCUAUGAAUCUAGUGAUUCUGAGAUUAAUUUUGAUUGUGAUGCCUUACUUCAAUCAGCUGAUGACUACCCCCGACAGCCUGCAAAAGAAGGAAACCUUUCUAAGGAGGAACACCUUGACUUGGUUGAUAAGAACUAUGGAUCUAGUAGCUCCGAAACAAGUACUGAUUCUGCUUUGCCUCUUCAGUCGCUGGGUGACCAACUCCCAGUGGCUGUCACAGAAGCAAAACUUCAGAAGGUUCACAUUGGCUUGGUUGAUAAGAACUAUGGAUCUAGUUGUUCUGAAACAAGUACUGAUAAUGAUGUUUCUCUUCAGUCAGUGGUUGACCAUCCCCAGCUGGUUGUCAAAGAGAGAAACCUAAAGGAUAGGCAUGUCUAUCUGAAAGAUAAGAGCCAUACAUCCAGUAGUGCUAAAGAACAUCUUGAUUAUGUGGUCUCUCUUGACACAGUGACGGAUGAAUCUCAGAGGGCUGUUGAAGAAAUAAGUCUUCUGGAAGAGAAGAAUGAACCUGUGGAUAUGAACUAUGAUUCUCAUGGUUCUGAAAUGAGUUUCCACACAGAUGCUCGAUUAAUGGCUGGCCAAUCAGGAGUAAUAGUUAAAAAAGUAAACCUUCGAGAAGUACCUGUUGACCUGGAGGAUAAGAGUGUUAAGUCUAGCAAUUCUGAUCAGAGUUUUGAUUCUAAUGCUUCUCUUUAUCAAUCGGUUAGUGAUCAGCGUCAAGGGGCUCUGGGUGAAAUAAGCCUGAAAGAGUUAAAUUUUGAUAUGGAAGUGAAGAGCUAUGGAUGCUCCAGUUCUGAGCUGACUUUUGAAUCUGAUCCCCCUGCUAGGUCAGGUACUGAGCAGUCUGAGAUGGACAUUGAAGAAAUAAGAAAAAGGCACAUUAAUUUGGAAGAUCACUGUGGUUCAAAUAGUUCUGGAAUAACUUUUGAUUCUGAUACUGCUUCCCGCUCAGGAGGUGACCAGUCUCAAGUAGCUAUUUACGUGGAGGAACCUAGUCCUCUGGAAAAUAAGACUCCUAAGUCUUGUGUUUCUGAAGUAACUUUUGACUCUGGCAUACCUGUUCAGUCGGGAAUGAAUCAACCUGGACUAGCUGUUAAAGAAGUAAUCGUUCAGAAAGAAGACUAUAUCCACUUGGGAAGGAAGAAUGUGGAACCCAGUGGUUCUGAAAUAAGUCUGGAUUUUUAUGUCCCUCCUCAUUCAGUGAUUAACUCUCCUGAAAUAGCUUUGGAAAAGCUAAAUCUUCAAAAAGAAGAGCAGAUCUACCUGGAAAGUAAGGUAAAUGAACCUAGUGUUUCUGAAUUAAGCUUGGAUUAUAUUUUUCAUUCAAUUACUGGACAUUCUAAAGAUCCCCUUCAAGAAGUCAACCUUCAGAAAGAAGAGCACAUACACUUAGAAAAUAAAGGUAACGGACCUGGUAUUUCUGAAAUCAGUUUGAAACCUGACAUGUCUUUUCAUUUAGUGACUGAUCAUCCUAACAUAGCUGAACCUGACAUGUCUUUUCAUUUAGUGACUGAUCAUCCUAACGUAGCUGUGAAAGAAACAAGCCAUCAGAAAGAACACAUAAACUUACAAGAUAAGGAAAGGGAAUUAAGUGUUUAUGAAACAGGUUUGGAUUCUGGUGUCCACCUUCAUCAGUCAGUGACUCAGAAGCCUGAAAUAGCUGUUAAAGAAAUAUGGCUUCAAAAAGAAAAGCUUGUUAAAUUCAAAAGUCAAAGUGCUAAAUUUAGUGGUUCUGAAACAGGUUCUGAUGUACCUCAUUAUUUAGUGCCUGAACCUCAGAUAGCUGUCGAAGAAAUCAGUGUUCAGAAAGAAGAACAUGUUCUAGAAAAGCGUGACAAAUACAGUAGCUCUGGAAUAAUGUUUGAUGCUGAUGUCCCUCCUCAGUCAAUGACUGAAACACCUCACAUCGCUGUUUUGAAGGAGGACCGUGUUGACCCGGAAGGUGAAAGUACUGGAUCGAGAGGUUUUGCAAUAAAUUUGGAUAUCGGUGCCCCUCUUCAUUCAGUCAUUGGUCAACCUCAGCCAACCCUCUUGAAGGAAAGAAACGUUCUUCUGGAAGAUAAAAACAGUGAAUCUAGUCAUUGUAAGGUAAGGUUUGAUUAUGGUGACCCUCUUCGGCCAUUGACUGGGCAAUUUCAGGAAGUGGUUAGGAGAACAACCCUGUGGAAGGAAGAGGAUAUUGGACUGCAAAAUAAAGUGUUUGAAACUAGUGGUUCUAAAUUAAUCCAUGGUUCUGGUGUUUCUCUUCAGCCCGGGGCUGAUCAGCCUGAAGUGGCUGUUAAACGAGUAAACCUUGAGAAUGAAGGUCAUGUGAAUGUGGAAGAUAAGCACAGCCAAUGUAGUGGUUCUGAAAUGAGUUUGGAUUCUGAUUUCUUGGUUCAGUCCAUAGUUGAUCAACCUCAAAUAACUAUUUUGGAUCAGGACCAUAUUGAGCUAGAAGAGAAGCACAGUCGGUCUGGUGGUUCUGAAAUAAGUUUUGAUUCUGAGGAUCCUCUUCAGUCAGUGGCUGACCAGGUUAGAAAAACCGUUAAAGAAAUAAGCCUUUGGAAGGAUGAAGUUGAUGUGGAAGAUAAGAGGGAUGAAGGUGAUGUGGAAGAUAAGAGGGAUGAAGGUGAUGUGGAAGAUAAGAGGGAUGAAUCCAAGGGUUUUGAAAUUGUGUAUGAUUCUGAUAUCCUUUUUCAGUCAGUGGCUGGCCAAACUGAAGAAGUCGUUAAGGAGAUCAACCUUUGGAAGGAGCACGUUGACUUGCAAGGGAAGAUUGUGGAACCUAUUGGUUCUAAAAUAAAUUUUGAUGCUAAUGAACCUCUCCAGUCUGUGGCCAAUGAAAUUCAAGAGGCUAUUACAGCAGAAAUAAAUCUUCUGAGGGAAGGGCAUGUCUGUCUGGAUGAUAAGGGCUAUGAACCCAACGAUUCUGAAAUAAUUUAUGUUUCAGAUAUCCCUCUUCAGUCAGUAGUUGAGCAGCCACACAUUUUGGAAGGGGAACAUGUCAACUUGGAAGAUAAGAGCAAUGUUUCUUGUCCCGAAAUAACUUUUAUUUCCGAUGAUCAUCUGCAGUCAGUGGCUGACCAGCUUCAAAAAUCUGUUAAAGAAGUAAGUCUUUGGAAGGAAGACCGUAUUUACCUGGAAGAUAAGAGCUAUAAACUUGGUGACUUCGAAGUGAGUUACGAUUCUGAUGUUCCUGUUCACUUUGUGGCUGAUCAGUCUCCUCUGACUGUCAAAGAAAUAAACUCGCAAAAGAGGGGUCAUACUGACCUAGAAAGUAAGAGCUGUGGACCUAGUGUUUCUGAAAUAAAAUGUGAUUCUGGUGUUCAUUUUCAGUUAGAAGUUGACCAGUCUCAAGUGGUGUGCAAAGAAAUAGAUCUUCCGAAGGAACGGCAUCUUGGCAUGGAAGUAAAGAGUAGUGAACCUAGUGAUUCUGAAAUGAUGUGUGAUUCUGAUGUUCCUCUUGAAAUAGUGGUUAACGAACUUCAGGUGUCAGUUAAAGAAGCAAAUCUUCGGAAGAUGCUCUUUGUGGACCUGGUGACCAGUGAUAGUGAUUGUGAAGUGAUUGCUGAGUCUGAUAUCCCUUUUCAGCCAGUGAUUGACUCCCCUCACAUGACUGUCAAAGAAAUCGAUUGUAUAAAUACAGAAGAUUUUGAUCUAGGUGAGUGCUGUGACUCUUGUGAUUCUGAAGUAGGAUAUGUUUGUGAAGCGUCUCCUCCAUCAAUGACAAAUGAACCCAAAGAGACUUUCAAAGUAGUAAACCAGAAGAAAGACUAUAUUAUUCUCCAAGAGUCCAGCUGUGAGUCUUACGGUUCUGAAAUAAAAUUUCAAAUUGAUCCCCCAGAUAGGUCUGUGACUUACCCAUUGCAAGGCUCUGAUAAAGAAAUGGUGACAUUUGUUGACUCAGAAGGUAAGAGUUGUAGACCUCAUAGUCCUAAGACACACUUUAAAUGGGAAGACAAUUCUGAGCCUGUGACUAGCAAACCUCAGAAAGCUGAUAAAGGAAGCAACUUUUGUCACAGGAAAGACGAAAAUACUGGCCGAAAAGACAAGCACUGUGAAUCGAGGGGGUCUGCGGCGACUCGCAAAGCCUCUCCUGGGUCAGCAGGCCGUCAAAGGGCUGGUAAAGGAAACCCGAAGUUAAAACAUGCAGAUCGAGAAAGUAGGAGCUGCGAACCAUGCGGUUCUGGGACGAGUUUUCAGUGUGAUCGCUCUCUUCAGUCUGAUAGUGGCCAGCCUCAACAAGCUGUUAGUAAAAAGGAAGGAUUUAAGAAGAGGUCUGUGGACCUAAAAGGAAAAAAAGGCGAUUCCCGUUCAGGCCCUGUUCUCAGGGUUGCUUCUGUAAGGAACCGGGAAAAAGCAAAGGAGGUCAUAGAAGACAAUCCCGAUGAACCAGUUCUCGAAGCCUUGCCUCAUGUCCCUCCUUCAUUUGUAGGCAAGACAUGGUCUCAGAUAAUGAGAGAAGAUGACAUGAAAAUCAACGCUCUGGUGAAGGAAUUCAAGGAAGGUCGUUUCCACUGCUACUUUGAUGACGACUGUGAGACCAGGAAAGUAAAAAAAAAAAAUUUGAAUAAAGGAAAAAAGAUUACCUGGGCUGACGUUAGUCAGGACACUGCAGCAAUUCAAGUUUUUUCAGAUGGUGAUGAUAAUGCAGGUGGCAUUUCAGAUACUGAUGACUUUUCAGUGGCCUUAGAUAAACCUAGCCAUCAUCCUACAGCAAAGAGGCCUUAUGAACAAUCCUGGCGAGUGGCUUCUCGAUGCCAGGCUGUAAAAGUCAGCCAUGGAACUCAAACCAAUCUCACAAAAGAGUCAGCGACGAAAGCAAGUGGACCAGAGGAAGACUCGCCAACAAGGAAGCGUUUACUUUUACAGAAAGACAGAAAAAUGAGAAACAGAGUGCAAAUUGGAACACUUGAAUUUCCUGAAACAUGUACUAAAGUUUUGAAGCCUUUGCAACCCAAUGCCUUAGUCUAUGUUAUUUCUUCAAAUAUGAAGUUUCAGAAUGGUGAAUCCUUCAACUUUGCUAAAAAGUACCUUGGUGGCAGAAGUAGUCGAGAUGUUAGCAUACAGUACAAAUAUAAGCGGAGGUCCUUUGAUUACUAUGACCCAUUGAAUAAGAAAAUUGUAACGACUCCUCCAGAAUCUGACAGAAAUAACUGGCUUCAAAUUCACUUGAGCGACCUAAGCUCCAGUUCAGAUGAAGAUGGUCCUGCAGAAGGCUUUGAUCCAACAGGCAUUUUGACGCUAAGAGAUGAGCUAAUGGCCUAUCCGGGGGCGCGUAUUUCUCCCGAACGUGUGCCAAGACCAGGGACUUCGAGUGCUAGUCAAGUUCCAUCGGGAAGUAAUUUCCAGUCAACUCCUGUAGGCGGCGAUGCUGCCAGAACCUCCCCCAAAUCAGCCACACGGAAGAUACUGGAAGGUAAAAAGAAGAUUCAGAGAAGGAAGAUGAAAACUAGCAAGCCAGGUUUCCCCCAGAAGGUUUAUAAACCAAUUAUUCUCCACCAAAAACCGAGAAUCGCUUCCGAAAAACCGUCCAUUUGGAUUCGGACCAAACUAAGUGAUAUAAUUAGGAAGUAUAUUUCAAAAUACUCUGCUUUUUUGCGUCGCAAAUAUCAGUCCAGGAGCGCCUUUAUUCGACUGCAUCUUAAGAAAAAAUGCGACGUCACUAAGUCAAAGAAGGCGAAGAAACCAGCGAAAAUGCCUUUGGGCUCACCGGCUCCCUCGGGGCUGCCGGGGCCACCGGUUCCCUCGGGGCCGCCGGGGCCGUCGGUUCCCCCGGUUCCCUCGGGGCCGCCGGUUCCCUCGGUUCCUUCGGGGCUGCCGGUUCCGUCCGUGGCGGCUGCUGAGGGGCAGUUGGGAGCAGUCCCUAGCUGUUCUCCCAAGCCACCUGUGCAGAACUCUUGGCCCGCUGCAGGAAGAAAGCGGAAUGGUACUAAAAAACGCCCUAGGAAGAGAAGAAGAAAGCCUUUUAGACCUGUUAAAAUAUAUGCUUUGAGAAGCUUAUAUUCUCAGGUACCGUACUCUGAUAGGAUGAGGACUCGGCUGUCAGACAAAUCGCCAGCUAAUGAGGCCACCUAGAAGCGUUUCCGUUCAGGCUAGCUGAGGAUUCGGUACUUCACUUGAAAUACAUUUUGUGCACAUAGCUUUCCCAGCUUUGGUGGAAAAAUUAACCUUCAACUAUUUUGCUACAGACAUUAUUUUUCAGAACUUUUGUAAUUCAUUUAAAAUUCGUGUUUAAGGUCCUUUUUUUUUUUUUUUUUUAAAGAUUCAGACACAUCCUUUGUCCAUUUGCUGUAGAAGAGCUUCAUUUUAAUUUAUAUCCAUAAUUUAGCAGAGGAUACAUUUUUUCUCCCUCAAAUCCUGUCCCUCUUAUUUAUUUUUUAUGGUUGUAUCUCAUGUCAGCAGGUUAUCAUAUUGCAAAAAUGAAUGUGGCAAACAUUAAAUGCUAUCUUAUUUUUACUUUUUAAAAAUUGGAACAAAUGAACAUGUACUUACAUUCUGUGUGUUUCAGAGUGGCAUUGUCAAUACCGUAUUCUAACUGGAUAAUUAAGGAGAAACUAUAAUUAUCUCAACUUUUGAAUGAAGCUGAUUUAAAUAAUCAGAAACAAAAUAUAAUUUAUCUUUUAAAGCAUUCAAGAAAAUGAGAUUCCAUGAUCUUUAAUCGAGUUUUUAAAAACCGCCUAGUGAUUUUAUAUACAUAAACAGAAACUCCUCCUGCUUCAUUUAAAUUGGAUCUGCAAGUCUCUAACUUUCCUUAUUUGGACACACGCACAUAUACAAUGUCUGUAGGCUUUUCUUUAGCAUUAUUAGAUCUUAAUGGGAAAAUGAUCUUGCCAGUGUAAUCAAUGGUUUCUACCACCUUUAUUCCCCUCCACCUGAAGUGUUGGUGGUUUAUUAUGAAAAUCUGGGUUAUCUUAUGGCCUUACCUCUUCAAAAUAUUUCAGCCACUACCAUAUCUUUUUUUGUAACAGCUUGAACUGAAAUUAUUGGUUUGGUAAUUUGGGCAGACCAUUAAUUGUCAUUAACAAACUAUUUGUAAUCUUACUAUUUCAAAAGGUCUAGUGAAACUGAUGACCUACACGGAGGCCAAUUUUUCAAGGGAAAAACUACAUAUUUGUACGUUAGUUUGACUUUCCUUAAACUUGCUAUCUGAUUUUAAUAGUUCAAACAAAAGAUGUUAAGCAGUUUGGGUCUGAGAUACUCAGAAUAUGUUUCGAUCCUUUAUUCAGAGACACUGGUCCAGUUGGUACAGAUGCAUCCAAUUAUCCUAUUAAGACAAGGAUCCUGGAUCCUAUUCUAUCAUUAAUGUUAAAGGAAACACGAAUUUCAACUAUAUUGUACAAACCAUAUUUAAUUGAAACUAGAUCAGUGUACCAUGAUUUCCGAGAUAAAAAUGUGUUACUUUAGAAUUAAUGAAAUAUAGUGUAACAGUUGGUGUCUAAAUGUAGUUUUAUUUCAGGGGCCAUUUUUAACCUGUGGGUAUGUUAUGAUGGUGUUCUGUUGUAAUUUCUUUACUUCUAAAUUUAAAACAGUUAUUCUGUUGAAAAAAAAAUGGACAAAUGUUUAUAUUUUUAGUUGCAAAGCAACUUCAACCCUGCUUCCUAUACAAACCUAUUUUAAUUCCCUUUCUUAAGACAACAUUAUGGGCCACUAGUUUAAAAUAAUCUUCCAGUUUUCGUUUGGAAAGCAAACUGUCCUACUGAUUAGGAAGUAAACAAGCAGCUAAUACGUAAAAAUAUUCUGUUUGUGGGUAUUGGUGUCUUUUUUUCCUAUAGCUUAGACGCGGUAAUUUCCUUAAGUACUACUAGUAGGCAUUCUGGAUGCUUUUUGCUUAAGUUAAAAAGCAAGAGAUCACAUGGAAAUGAUGUACUCCAUAACUGUGAUGUGUCAUAUCUAUUGUGAUUACAUCAUGCAGAGCGGACAGUUCUCACAAUUCAAAUGAUCAAAAGCAGUUAAAAAAUUUUACUACUUUUUUCACAUUGGAAACUCUUCUAAAUACCGUUUUUUUGAGAGAAAAAAGAUUUAUAUUUAAAAUUUAUACUACUAAAAAUAUCAAAGUAUAAUACAGUCCUAAUUAUUUUUUUUAACAUUUUGGAAAUAUUUAUAAGUUCCUGUAAUCAUUAUUUUAGACAAGUUUGAAAACUUGAAACUGUAAAAAUUAUAAUUUAAAUUAAAUUAGAAAUGAAUUACUUUCAGAAUUUGGUAGGAUGUAAGAUGUGCCCCUUUGUCAAAAUAUUUUUGCUUAAUUUGCAGAUUAGAUGAAACAGUUGGAUGUUUUUUGUGUAUUCAAGAAUGCAUUAAAUUCUUUUAAUAGUAAAAAAUUAAAUUAUAACCACAGUGAAUAUUUUAUUAUUCUUGUCCUUGUUCAGUAUCUUGCAUAGAUUUUUAUUACAAUUGUCCCAAGUUAUACAGUAUGUGGACAAUAUUGUGUGAAGUGUGUUUUGCAUUUGUGCAUUUAAAUUAUUUGUGUAAUUAGGGCUCUGAGUGACACUUUUUGGUAAAGAGAAACUAUAUUUAAAUAUUCAAGCAAGUAUAUAUUUCCAUGUAAAGCUAAUGUGAAGACUAAUGUAUUUUUUAUAAUGCAGUUUAAAGAGUAAAUUUGUUUUCAAAGUUAUCAAGAUAAAAUUUAUCAAAUAUUGAAAUUUGUCUCUACUUUCUCCUCAUGUUAGGAAGUUUUUCUGGGAACACUUAAGGAAUCAGAGAAUAACGAAAACAAGUUCAUUUUAUAAAUGGUCUUAGAGAUAAUAAAUAAGAGAAUAUAAAUGUUGAUGCUGGUGAGGAAAUAGUUUAACCAAAGAUAUACAGGUAUGUUCAUGGAGUAGUUAUUUCAAAGGAUUAAAAUGAAACAACUAUUUAUUUGACUGGUGGCGUAGUGGGUUAGCAACUGUUCACUUUGUAUACCUGUAUUGAAAGAGUCAAUGAACAGGAUUGAGUUCAGGAGGCAGUAUCUACAUCAUUAUCUGACACCUACUGGGAAGAGAGAACCGUAGCGCCUCCAGUAUCACAGCGUAUAUUAUAAAGGACAAGAAAAACAUGGAAAAGCGUACGUAUGUCACUGAGGUGGGGGCCUUUGGCCUCAAUAGUAUUGACUGCUGGGUUUUUUGGUCCCAGAUUAUAUUGUUAAGAUACAACAACAGCCUACUUUUUGUGAUAAAAAAAUUACUAAAGUAAAAAUAUGUGAUGGAUGUCCAUAUUCAAUGAAGGACUUUUAUAUGGAGAAAUAAAAUGUGGAACAUACUGAAAAAUCACGCAAUUAGGGAAUUAACACAUCAAAAUGUCAACUUGAGAAAAUGAGUGGCUGAGGAAGAGUCUCAACAUUUUCUGAAACUUUAUUUAGACCCCAAAUGUUAGGGAAAUAAUAUAGUAAGUUUCCUUUGUUCUUAGACUUUAUAUGUAUAUUUAAAAAGUUUCCCCCAAAUAUUUUGAACCAUUUACUUUGAUUAAGAAAUAGGUCUAGGGUGAACUAUAAUUUGUUGCUGAAUCUUUAAAGUAUGAACUUCUACUUUAUUUACGUUUAUAAUUUAUUAUAUGCAUGUUGUUUUUCUUUACAUGCAUUUUAUUUUCUAAGUUUUUAAGCUGGACGUGUGUGUGUGCGCGUGUACAUCUUGAGCCCUUACAAGUGCCGGGCACUGUUCUAAGCUUUUAAACUGUAUUAUCUCAUUUGAUCUUCAAAGAGCCCUUAUGAGUUAGGUACUGUGAUUGUCACUAAAUAGCUCUAUGCCUCAAUUUUGGGAUUACAAAUGAGUUGUUAUUUAAUGUAAUCAAAUGGGGAUUACAGUCAAUCCCCAGUGCCAGGACACCACUAAUCUACUGUCUGUAUAGUUUAGCCUUUUCUGGACAUUUCAUAUAAAUGGCAUCAUACAAUAUGUGGUCUUUGUAUCUGGCUUCUUUCAUUUACUAUAGUGUGUUUGAGGGUCAUUCAUGUUGUAGCAUGUAUCAGUAUUUUGUUCUUUUUUAUUGCUGAGUAGUAUUUAUAAUUAGUUUUUAAUGAAGCUGGUAACAGAAUGCUGGUCUCCUGAUAAAUAUGAUAAAAGCUGUUAGGCUUGAGGCUAGCUGUUCCUUUAUAACUCUCAUACCUGUUACCCUCGAUUACCACCCCAAUUCCAAGACCAACUGGAUAUCUGCCUUUUUAAGUGCCCUUAUCCCAUACUUGAAUGCUUUAUACUUCCUCUGUCUUUGACUCUAACUCCCUUCACUGCCUAUCUUUGCAUUCUUCCCACUGUGCUUUGUGACUUCUCACUUUCAGUGUCAACACAUUAUCCUGUGUUCUCAGUCUUUUCGCAGUGGAUUGCUUGAAUGUAACCGAACUGAGAAUCACAUCCAAGGUGCCCGUUAUCCUACACGUGCUGUAGAGCCAGGAAAUGUUGGUGAUGGUACUGGUCAUUCUUCUUUAAAAUUCCUCUCCUAUGUGAUCCAGUACAUACCAUCGAAAUCAACAUUGGUAUACCCCUCUUCUUCAUAGACCUCACUUGGAAUUUCCCGAUCGUUCCAAAAUGUCCUCUAGAGGUCCAGGAUUUGAUCCAGGAUCACAGACUGUCAUGACUGUUGAGUUUCCUUCUGUAUGGAGCAGUUCCUCAGCCUUUCUUUGUAUUUAAUAACUUGACAUUUUGAAGUGUGCAAACCAGUUUCUUUGUGGAAUGUCCCUCGGUUUGAGUUUGUCUGGUGUUUCUUUAUAGUUAAUGCUUUUGUGGGGGGGUGGGCAGAAAUUCUGUGGACUUCUCAAUGUAUCAUAACCGCAGCCAUGUGAUGUCAGUUUGAAUAAAAGUGGUGAUUGAAAAUA